CUACUUUUCUCUUUUGCUCCGUGGCGUCUUGUAUUUGUGCAUCCAUGGGCUUGCAGCGCUAGCUAUUUGCUUUCGCCUUUCAUGUGAAAAACGGAGGGCACGGUUGGUGGAGUGGUUUAAUUGGGUAAGCGGUUCAUUUGUUACAUAUGACAUAUUUGAAACAUUUAUCUUUAAGCUUAAAAGCUAAAGUCUUAUUGUGGUAUUUACAUUGAUACAGAGCGAGCAGCGGAGCGCGCAUUUCCGUUAGACAUUUUCGAAAUAAAUCGACUUGAUGUGAGUGUUAAUUUUACACUGUUAAUAAUCUUCAUCGAAUAAAGUGUUUGGAUAAGACAAAUAUUUUUAAUGCAGCAAUUUCGUUGUGGCAUGGCAUUGUGAUCCGUGCGACGCUUGGGAACUGUUCAGUGCUCAGUCCUCCUGUCAUGCCCACUACGGCGGUGUUUGCCUAAUCAGCAGUGUGGGGACUGUCUGCUUCGGUAUCCUUUAUUUUAUUAACUGGUAGUUCCGAUUGAAGCCAUACUUUAUAAAUUCUCGUGUAAUUGAGCAGACGUUUAACAGAAUAAUCGAAUAAGUGCUGCACCAGCAACUUUCUACGGAUGUACAUAGUGAAGACAAUAGGAACCAGACUGAAACAUCUGUAUACGAUUUACAUUCAACCGUACCGCUACCACAACUGUUUAGUCUGCAUGCUUUAAUUGUGAAGAGGUGAUCAAAGGACCGGAAACGUAAUGAAACCUUCAGCAGGAUGAACGGAGGUUUGUCUCAAUCCAGUCCGCCCACCGCCGCGAAACAACGAGCUGUUGUUGGGGCCCCCCCGCUGUUAUUUGCUAGACUCUGAAUAAACAUCUGUGAACCCAGCUUGAAAUGCAGCACACCUGUGCCGAAAAAAAAUAGCUGCCCGGCCACGAAUAGACACUAUAUUAUCCUUUUUUUUCUGUCUUUUGUAGGUAAACAUCUCUUUGACACUUGCUCCAGUUAAGUUGUUGACAUUGCCAGACGAAGUGAAAUAUACACUUAAAUUGCCGUUAUUAAUCUGACACUCAAACAUUAUUGAUUCCCAUCGUGGAUAUCAUUGCCCAAAUAAUAAAUGUUUCCUUCACACUCAAUGCGUUUAAAAGACGCAUACACGUAAUGUGAAUCGGCCGAUACAUCAGAGGGCGAAAGGGGGGAAUGCAUUCUCGCUGGCCGGAGCUCAUAGGCUAGCGCGAUGCCCAGGCGCGGCUUGGCCAUGCCCAGCCGGGCGCGUUGGCUCUUCCUGGGCCUGUUCCUGCUGCUGGUGCUGCUGCUGUUCGCCUACCUGCUGGAGUGCACCCCUCCCGCCGACCUCACCAUGGCCCUGCCCGGCCUGGUGGGCGACGGCUACGGCAAGGAGCACUACCAAGGCCUGCUGCAGGAGCAGGAGGAGCGGCACCUGAACCGCGCCGCCAGCCUCAAGCGGCAGAUCGCCCAGCUGAAGCAGGAGCUACAGGAGAUGGGCGACCGGCUGAAGCUCCUGCAGGAGAGGAAGGAGCCGCCCGGGGUGCCGGGCCUGUCCGAGGCCAAGGACCAGGAGCCGGGCGACCUGCUGGAGUACCUGCACUCGCAGAUCGACAAGGCGGAGGUCAGCACGGGCGCGCGCUUCCCCAGCGAGUACGCGGUGGUGCCCUUCGAGAGCUUCACCUCGUCCAAGGUGUACCAGCUGGAGAUGGGGCUGACGCGGCACCCCGAGGAGAAGCCCGUCCGCAAGGACCGGCGGGACGAGCUGGUGGAGGCGGUGGAGGCGGCGCUGGACAUCAUCAACAACCCCGACGAGGAGGACGGCGCCGACGACGACGCGCCCAUGCAGAGGCAGACCUACUCGGACCUCCACUUCACCGAGGGACUGUACCGGACGGAGCGGGACAAAGGCACGCUGUACGAGCUCUUCUUCGCCAAGGAGGACUCCAGCAGCUUCCGCCACGUCACGCUCUUCCGGCCCUUUGGGCCCCUGAUGAAGGUGCGCAGCACGGCGGUGGAGACGCAGGGCGUGGUCAUCAACGUCAUCGUGCCGCUGGCGGGCCGAGUGGAGACCUUCAUGCAGUUCCUGCUCAACUUCAGGGAAGUGUGCGUGCAGCAGGAUAGGAGAGUCCAUCUGACGGUGGUUUACUUUGGGCAAGAGGGCCUGCAGGAGGUGAAGUCGUCUUUGGUGAAGCUCUCCAGCGAGGAGAGCUUCUCCAACUACACCCUGCUCCCGGUGGACGAGGAGUUCUCCCGGGGCCGGGGUCUGGACAUCGGAGCCCACGCCUGGACCAGGGGCGACGUGCUCAUGUUCUUCUGCGACGUGGACAUCCACUUCACCCUGGACUUCCUCAACACCUGCCGCCUGCACGCCUCUCCUAACAAGAGGGUGUUUUACCCUGUGGUUUUCAGUCUGUACAACCCCGCCAUUGUUUACGGAAACUUGGAACAGCCUCCUCCAGUUGACCUGCAGCUGAAUCACAAGAAAGAGGCUGGCUUCUGGAGAGAUUUUGGCUUUGGAAUGACGUGUCAAUACCGGUCAGACUUCCUGAACAUCGGGGGUUUCGACCUGGAUGUGAAGGGCUGGGGCGUGGAGGACGUGCACCUGUACAGGAAGUACCUGAGGAGCGACCUGAUCGUGACACGCACCCCCGUGGCGGGCCUGUUCCACCUGUGGCACGAGAAGCGGUGUGUGGACGAGCUGACCCCCGAGCAGUACAGCAUGUGCAUCCAGUCCAAGGCCAUGAACGAGGCCUCCCACUCCCACCUGGGCAUGCUGGUGUUCCAGGAGGAGAUCAAGGCCCACCUCCGCAAGCAGGCCUUCAAGACCCGCAGCAAGCCCGAGGGCUGAGAGGGUGGAAGGAGGAGGGGGCAGCUCUUUAUACUGACAGUUCUGGUGCCCCACAAGCAGCACACAGACCCGCUUACAUUUCAGUGGCUCGGCAGUAGACACCGAUGAAUGUACGACAUGGCCGACACGUUGAGUGUUCCAUUUCUACGAUGCCGCUCAGGACAUUCCAAGGUGCAGCCCUCACAAAGGACGGCAGUCGGAACGAACCUUUGGGGACGGAUUUAUUGUUUGUGUAAAAUGUGUGGCAAAAUGCCUGGAGUUCAUUUCGGACAUUGAAGAGACUUCUCACACGGUAUUCAGUGGAGUUUUAAGGGAGUCGUUUGUCUCACGUUCUCUUGCUACAUCAGUAUUCCACAAGUUACUGUGAUUUCAAGGAGCGUUGGCCAAACUAUUUCUAGCAAGAACACGACUCCAAUACCGAGGUAUCAAAAUGUUGCGUUCACCUUUGGGAAACUGGUACUAAUAUUUAUGGCUGGAGUUUAAUUUGCAUCGGACUUGCAACUUCAGUCAGACAAAACAUCUAAAGGAUCGUCUUUUGGUUUUAAGAGUUGGAAUAGUGCACAAUCUGGACCAACCGGCACGCAAAGUGUUAUUGUUCUGUUCCUGUCAUGAUGCCCGUGAACUGGGACCAAGUUAGUAUUUAUUAACGUCAUGCACCUUCAGCCAUGAACCAUUUCAUGAAGCUUGUAAAUGAACAUUACUAGUCAAAAUAAGGGACCUAUCAUGUUAUUGUAGCCUUGGUAGUAAAAAUGGACAAUCCUUCAGUCUUCCUUGCUCAGAGGGGUAAGCCUUUGUGUAUUACGUUGGGUUCAUGGUCCAGAACCAGAGUAAGGAUCGGUCAGAUGUCUUGAUUGUCCAGUGGGAUUUCUAACAGCACUAUCAUUCCAAAUACUUGUUAAAGGCGGCACACGUUUUGUACUUUAUUUUCUUCCACGUGGUUUAAUUUUGUUUAACACUUGUGCCUUCUUAACGUGAUGCAGCAAUCACAUUAGUCAGGUCAUUGUUGAAGUGGCACGUUCAUAGAUCUGUUGUACAUUUUAUUUCUUGUUCGAUGCGAUUGGCUAUCGCACUGGAAUCGGUAGGAUUGUAGGAGACCCUAUCUGGAAUGUAGGAUAGGAGAGAAUAGUUUUAGGGUACAGCUGUCCACACGACAGGCCGCGAGCAAAGUGCUUCUCUUCAUCUCAAAUGGAACGCAGGUUGACCCAUCCCAUUCUGUAGUAGUUUGUUUUUAUUAAUCAGUUAUAGCAAACAUGUCUGCUUUUGUUAAGUCUGACCAGCCAUCUCUGCUUACUCUGUAUAUAGACUUCACUUCCUGUUCAUCUUUUUAAUGAGGAAACAGCUUGUUGAAUUCUGAAAUGAUUUAUUCGACCUGUUGGCCAUUGAAUAAAACAGGGAGCUCUUCAGUGCUGCCUUAUCAAGUCA